CUAGUGUCCUUUUUUUCUUCUUUCCCUGAGGUGCCUGAGUGAGUCAGGAAUCUGUUAGGGAGGGGGAAAUCCAGGAAGAGACAGAAGCACAGAGAGAGAGAGACACAGAGACGGAGAGAGUUCAUCCCACACCUGCCAAGGUCCCGUCUCUCCCCUCUCUCUGGUGCAGACCCAUGGCACGCCGCUCUCAGAGCUCCUCUCAGGGGGAUAAUCCCUUGGAUCCUAAUUACUUACCUCCCCACUACAAGGAGUACUAUCGUAUAGCCAUAGAUGUGCUUACAGAGGAUGGGCCAGAUGGAUAUGAGCGCUUCCUCGUUGAUGAGAACGCCCCAGAUUUCCUAUGUCCCUCUGAGGUUGAGCACAUCACCAAGUAUUUGCAGAGACCCCCUGAGGUCAUCCAGGAGAGCCCCUACUCUGAACCUGUUUAUAGUACCCAGGAGGAUGCAGAUGGCUCCUCGGGGACUUACUGGCCAAUGCACUCUGAUACUGCGGCCCCAGAGCUGGACCUGGGCUGGCCCACCAUCUUUGGAUUUCAGGGUACAGAGGUGACCACUCUGAUACACCCCCCACCCCCUGAUAACCCCAGCAUCAAAGAGGAAGCCAGGAAGAUGAUCCGUUCUGCACAGCAGGUGAUUGCGAUUGUAAUGGACAUUUUCACUGACGUUGACAUCCUCAGUGACCUGCUGGAUGCUGCUGCCCGCCGUAUCCCUGUCUACAUCAUACUGGACGAGAUGAACUCCCAGCACUUCCUAGACAUGGCGGCAAAGUGCAGGAUCAACCUGAAUUAUGUAGAGUUCCUCCGUGUCCGUACAGUCUCAGGUCCCACAUAUUACUGCAGGAUGGGUAGCACAUUCAGAGGUCACCUACAGGAGAAGUUUUUGCUGGUGGAUUGUAAUGUUGUGCUGAGUGGCACCUACAGCUAUAUGUGGUCAUUUGAGAAGAUCCACCGCAGUAUAGCCCACAUUUUUCAGGGGGAGCUGGUCUCAAGUUUCGAUGAAGAAUUUAGAAUCCUCUUUGCCCAGUCUGAUCCACUCAUUCCUUCAGAGAAUGUGCUAGCCAAGAUGGAGAAACCAUUCAUGGGAAUGGUACCCUACGGGGGCCCUCGUCCAUUAUUUGAGAGAAAGCUUAAUUUCAUGUACCCCAGAGAUGACAACUCUCAGAAUUCUCAGAACUUUCCAAACUUCAUGGUAGACCCUGAUCGUCAUUACUUGCAAUCAUUCCGUAGGGAAGAGAUGAUGAGACACACUAUGGAUAACUCUGGGUUACGGAUGUAUGGCAAGAAGUUUGCAGAGCACAUGGAAAUGGAUAAGAUGCAGAUGUCUUUCAUGCAGAACAAGAAUAUGGAUGUGGAGGCCUAUAAGAGGCAUAGUUUUGCUGAAGGUACCUUUGAGAACUAUACUGCCGCCAACCAAUAUAGUAGACAAAUGUUUACGAGCAAUAAUAAUGACGAGUACAGGUUUCAGUCCAGCCAGUUCCAGAAGAGCCAAUUUAUGCAGCUUGAUCGCUCUUUCACACCAACACGAACUCAGGGGCUGUUUGAGAAGAUUAGAGGCAACCGUCAAGGCAUGCUAGAAGCAGAUGAGAAUGACUCGAGAUUUCAAAACAGAGCUUUACCAGGGGAAAACAAUUUUGCUCUUGAAGGUCCUCCUCAUACGAGACUUGGCUAUAACCCUUCAAAUUCAUCUCGUGAAGUGCGGCAUGGCUCUGAUCAGGUGGAGAUUGGAGGAGAGGGAAGAUUCGGACAAAGAUCACAGGGAAGGCAGAAAUUCAUGUGCCAAAUAUCUCCCACACAUAAACAAGGUAUGGAACAGAGGCAUUUUUUCCAAGAUCAGGAUGCAGAUAAAAAAACACAAGAAAACAAAGAAGGCCUGCGCAGCUGGAGGAUAUCAUCUUACUUGAGUGGUAUUCAGUCAGAUCAAGAUGAGGAAGGCCUACCAGUGGCUAUAGACUCAGAGGCAUUUGAUGAUGCAUUAGUACCUUUUGAAAAAGCUGUACCUACAAGUGAGACUCUGUUAAAAUACUCCAUCGAUCCAAUUCCCCCAUACAAACCCCCUGCAGUUUUAAAAGAUGUGCCAAUGCAGGUUGAAAAAGUAAAGGAAACCUUAAUGUUAGAGAAAGAAAAAGAGGACACCUUGUUAGCAAGACAUGAUUCUUUCAGAACUAGGACUAAUCCCCUUCUUCAGAGAGGGUCUCGUUUAAGGUCUUCUCUUAUAUUUAGCAGCUCUAAAGUAGAGCAGCAUAGUUCUACUGCUUCUGAGAUGGUACAAGUAGUGCAGAAGGAGCAGAGCUCAACUGAAGUUAUUAAAGAAAAUGAGUCAUAUAAAACCAGUUCAAAAGUAGCUGAGAUCCUUGAAAAAUACAAGACUGCUAACAAGGAUAGUGAGAGUGCAACAGUUAUUCAAGCCAAGUCAUUAGCAGCUACAAACACUAUCCAUGAGGAAUCAGAGAUGGGCCAGAAGAGAAGUAUAGAAACAGUUGCAUAUAAAUCCCUGGAGUCUAAACUCCUUGAAAAGGAUUCAUUUAGCCGGACAGUACUUGAGUCACAGUAUCGAUCUUCAGUAAAUACUAAAUUCCAGGAACUCUUUAGCAAAGAUAAUCAGACAAGCACAGUUACUAAGAUUGAGCAGAUGGCCUCAAGCAUACAGACUAUAGAAUCUAGCAAACCUGCUCUUCCAGAGAAAAAUGAAAGUCAGCUUACAAUCACUGAAAUUAUUGAGGAACCAAAACCAGCAGCUAUUGAAGCUCCAAAGCCACCAACCCCACAAGAAUCUGGCCUCCACUUUGGAAAUGCUCUGGAAAAGAUGUCACAGAAUCCAAUGCCCAGUAGCACCAUGAAUAAAUCUGAUGAAGAAAUCUCAAGGUCAGAACAGAAUCCUAUGGAAUUCAUUAGGAGAGGGUCAAUGAAACUAAAGCAGUUUUUGCAAUCAAAGGCAGAGAAAAAAGCAGAAGAAGACCUAUCUUCAGAUAUAGCUAAGAUGGAAAAGCAGAACACAGCCCUCAGACGCCUCUCUAAAACAGAAAGUCAGGAGUCUGUGACUGUUGUGGAUGGUGAGGAGAAAGCAUCCAAAUCAAUACUGACCACUUCUCCAAAAUCUUCAACUGCUCCCCAAAGCCGACUGUCGACUUCAACCUCAAAUGUCAUCUUCAGCAGCAACUUGCGUGAUGACACAAAAGUUAUUCUGGAGCAGAUCUCGGCCAAUAGCCAGAAAAACAGAGCUGAGAUGGCUAAGCAGGCUCAGCAGCCACUAUCUACUAGUGAUGGAGAUGCCUCCAGUGUUAGUUCUACCACUUCAGAAGUCAAAGUGGAGCAGGUUUCCAGCCCAGAGUCUACAUCCAUAGUUAGGACUGGAAGUUUCCUCAGCCGAUUUUCAAGGCCAUCAUCAAGCUCUCCUGAAGAAAGAGACAACCUACUGAAGAGGAUGGAAAGCAUAAGGAAAGAGAAACGAGUUUAUAGCAGGUUUGAGGUAUUCUGUAAGAAGGAUGAACAGCAGAGCCAGGUAGAAGAAAACGAUGAUGCCGAUUCCAAAGAUAAGAAAGUGGGAAAAUUCAUGCCUAGAUUACUUGGAAAUUUAAUUAAGAAAUGACCCUAGCUAUACUGUGGAUAUAUCGUCCAGGUGCCACUUCCAGUAUAGGAUGUCCACAACUACAAUAGUCCCAUCAGUGGAGUUCCUGGCCAUCUCUUUUCCAGACUUUUCUAGUGAUUCCUAAGUGCCAUCACAUGAAAACUUUCUGGAGACACAGGAAACAUUUAAUUAAACCCUACAUGGUAUUAUAAUAUGGAGACAAGUCAUUCAAAGACCACAAAGGCAAAGGAGAUCAACAGAGACUAAACCAUGUUGGACAACAAAGAGAUAUGACCUGUGUGUCCAAGGAAUUGAGUCAGGAACUGUAUUCCUCAGGUUAUUUAGAAUAUCAAAUACAAAAAAUAUGCAACAGUUUGGCAAAUGGCAAACAAAAUAGAGGGAAGCUAAACUGGAGAUGUUUGAAAGCAUCUCGGUCAUAUAUAGGCACCAAGCUCCAUAUAAAGCUGCACAAUGAUCUACAACAUCAGUGCUAAGCAUUUUGGCAUUGUCCUUUGUAUUCUUAAACUUUUUAGAUAGUCAUUAUUCAUACAUGGAUUUAUUUAUUAACAAAUACAUUUGUUCACAAAGUACAACAUCUUCAGAAAAAACAAUAAAAUAUGGACGACCAGCAGAUGUUUUAUGUAGUCUGGAGCAAUAACAUGAUAUUUUCUAUACAAAAUCUUUACAUUUAAGAUGAUUUUGAAUUGUUAUGAUCUUUAUAAAUAAAAUGAUGUUAUCCCUUUUAUAAAAUAAAUAUAGCUGCCUAGGUCAGCUUUUAUGCCAA